AUGGCUCCAGCAGGUGGAGGAAACAUUAAGGUGGUGGUGAGAGUGCGGCCCUUCAACAGCAGAGAAAUCGACCGCGGUGCAAAAUGUAUCGUGCAGAUGAAAGGCAACCAGACCGUCAUCAUCCCACCACCAGGCGCCGAUGAGAAAUCACGCAAGGCCGGCGGAGGGAAAGGUGCGAUCGAAGGGCCCAAGGCCUUCGCCUUCGACCGAUCGUACUGGUCGUUCGACAAGAACGCCCCCAACUACGCCAGCCAGGACAACCUCUUCCUCGAUCUGGGUGUGCCCCUGCUCGACAAUGCCUUUGGCGGUUACAACAACUGUAUCUUCGCCUACGGGCAGACGGGUUCGGGAAAGUCGUAUUCGAUGAUGGGGUACGGCAAGGAGUUCGGUGUCAUCCCGCGGAUCUGUCAGUCGAUGUUCGAGCGCAUCUCCGAUAUUCAACAGGAUACCAAUCUGGGCUGCACGGUGGAGGUGUCCUAUCUGGAAAUCUACAAUGAGAGGGUCCGCGAUCUGCUCAACCCGUCGAAUAAGGGGAACCUGAAAGUCCGUGAGCAUCCGUCGACCGGUCCCUACGUCGAAGACCUGGCCAAGCUGGUCGUGCGCUCGUUCGAGGAGAUCGAGAACCUGAUGGACGAGGGUAACAAGGCCAGAACGGUCGCCGCCACGAACAUGAACGAAACCUCCAGUCGAUCCCACGCCGUGUUCACUUUGACCCUGACCCAGAAGCGCCAUGACGCGGAGACGUCGAUGGAUACGGAGAAGGUGUCGCGCAUCAGUUUGGUCGAUCUGGCAGGUUCGGAGAGAGCACAGUCGACGGGAGCGACCGGUGCCCGGUUAAAGGAGGGUGCGGAGAUCAACCGUUCGCUCUCGACGCUGGGUCGUGUCAUUGCGGCGCUCGCCGAUGUGGCUGCGGGAAAGAAGAAGAAUGCCUCGAUGGUCCCGUAUCGUGACUCCAUCCUGACCUGGUUGCUGAAAGACUCCCUGGGAGGUAACUCCAUGACGGCGAUGAUUGCCGCCAUUUCACCCGCCGACAUCAACUUCGACGAGACCCUCGGAACGCUGCGCUAUGCCGACUCGGCGAAGCGAAUCAAGAACCACGCCGUCGUGAACGAGGACCCCAACGCGCGCAUGAUCCGGGAGCUGAAGGAAGAGCUGGCGCAACUGCGAUCGAAGCUCGGAGGGGGUGCAGUGGCGGGAGGUGCAGCUGGCGGUGCCGCCGGCGGUGCCAUCCAAGCCCAGGAAUAUUACCCCCCAGAUACCCCGUUAGAGAAGCAGAUGGUCUCGAUUCAGCAGGCGGACGGAUCGGUCACGCAGGUCAGCAAGGCCGAAAUCGUCGAGCAGCUGAAUCAGAGCGAGAAGCUCUACAAGGACCUGAACCAGACGUGGGAGGAGAAACUGGCGAAGACCGAAGAAAUCCACAAGGAGCGCGAGACUGCCCUGGAGGAACUCGGUAUCAGCAUCGAGAAGGGCUUCAUCGGCCUGAGCACGCCGAAGAAAAUGCCGCAUCUGGUCAACCUCAGCGAUGACCCGCUGCUCGCGGAAUGUCUGGUGUACAACAUCAAACCCGGAACCACGAUCGUCGGCAACAUGGACCAAGGGAGCCAUGUCGAGAUCCGACUGAACGGGUCCAAAAUCUCGCCGGAGCAUUGUAAGUUCGAGAACGUGGACAAUGUCGUCACGGUGAUUCCCAGCGAGGGCGCUGCCGUCAUGGUGAAUGGAUUGCGCAUCGACAAGCCGAAGCGACUCAAGAGCGGCUUCCGCAUCAUUCUGGGCGACUUCCACAUCUUCCGCUUCAACCACCCCCAGGAAGCCCGGGCCGAACGAGUCGAGCAGAGCCUGCUGCGCCAUUCCGUGACCACCAGUCAGCUGGGCUCCCCGGCGCCCAACAAAACCCACGAUCGAACCCUGAGUAAAACCGGCUCCGAGAUCGACGGGGAUUCCAGCCGAGCGGAUUCCCCCAUGCCCUCGACGCGCGACAGAGAGUCUGACUGGUUUCAGGCGCGUCGGGAAGCCGUCAGCGCUGUGCUGGGGCCCGAUCACAUCUCGCAUAUGCCUGACGAUGAGCUGGACGCCCUGUUCGAGGACGUGCAGAAGGUGCGGGCCACGCGCCGCGGGCUGAUGGAGAACGAGGAGGACUCCGACUCGCUCAGCUCGUUCCCGGUGCGCGAUAAGUACAUGUCCAACGGCACCAUCGACAACUUCUCAUUGGACACGGCCAUUACGAUGCCGGGCACUCCCCGGCCGAGCGACGAGGACGACGGCCAGAACGGGGGUGACGCAACGUUACAAUCUGUGCGCCAGGACAUGCAGCGCCAGCUGGACCGCCAAAAAGAGGAGUAUCAGGACAAGCUGCGGAACGCCGAGGCGUCCUCCACCCAGGGCGUCGAUGACCUGCGCUCCGAGAAGACACGCAUGGAAGAAGCCCUCCGGGCGGCCAAGGAGGAAUUCGAAGAACAGCUCAAGAAACAGAAGGAAGCGUUCGAGUCGCACAUGAAGGACCUGGGCCAGCCGGUGCCGAAAAUCUACGAGAAUGGGUUUGCCAAGUUAGACGCCCAGGAGCUGGCCAUCGCGACGGCGGUUUACCGCCAUUGGUCUCAGCAGAAUUACGUUCGCAUGGCCGAGAAAGUGCUUCAACAUGCCUCCCUGCUGAAGGAAGCCCAAAUCAUGAGUCAUAUCAUGGACAAGAAUGUCGUGUUCCAGUUUGCGAUCAUCGACCACGGCCACAACAUGGCCUCGUCGUAUGAUCUGGUGCUGAACGGCAUCUCGGGAGACGAAGACGUUAUCUUGGACGACGCGAAGAAGCCGUGUGUUGCCGUUCGGGUGAUCGACUUCAAACAAUGCGUCAUCCACCUGUGGUCGAUCGAGAAGCUCCAACGUCGCGUCCAGGCGAUGCGCCAGCUGCACCAGUACAUCGACCGACCUGACUACAUCCAACACUUCAAGCUCGAGAAUCCGUUCUCCGAGCCUUGCUCGCCUCAGUACUCACUUGUGGGCGACGCUGAUAUCCCACUUACGGCGGUCUUUGAGACGCGAGUGCAGGACGUGUCCGUCGAGGUCAUCUCGCCCUAUACGCAGAAUGUCAUCGGUAUUGUCAGACUGUCCUUGGAACCCUCCUCGGCCCAGGCGCCCUCGUCCACCCUGAAGUUCAACGUCGUGAUGCGCGACAUGAUUGGAUUCGCCGAAUGGGAGGGGUCGGAUGUGCACGCGCAACUGUUCCUCCCUGGCAUCUCCGACGAAGGGGGCGCCACGACGACGCAGAUGAUCACCGGCUUUGACGAGAGUCCGGUGCGGUUCGAAAGCGUGCACAGCAUGAGUCUGCCGCUCUCGAGUCCGCGCAGUGCGGCCCUGAAAAUCUGUAUCUACGCGCGCGUGACCCACAUGCAUCUGGACAAGCUUCUCAGCUGGGAUGACAUGCGCGACUCUGCCGAACCGGCGCCGCAGAAACGCAAAACCCCGCGGAUCGCCGAGUCCGAGUUCUAUUCCGAGGAGAGGCAUGAUGUUUUUGCCAGGGCGCAAGUCCUGGAGUUGGCGGAGUCUGGCGAAUACCUUCCGGUCGAGGUGGUCCAGAACAACAGCCUGGACACGGGCACUUACCAGCUCCACCAGGGACUCCAGCGGCGGGUGCUGGUGAACCUCACGUACAGCUCGACCGAAACGCUUCCUUGGGAUGACAUUACCAAGAUUCGCGUGGGGUCGGUGCGGUUGCUGGACCCCUGGGGCAAGAUCCCGGACCAGGACCUGCAGACGCCCGAUGUGCCGUUGAAGUUUGUGCAGGAGCCGAACGUGAAGGAGAAUGCCGACGGGACAUCCAACAUUACCAUCGUCGGACAGUGGGAUUCGAGUCUGCAUGGGUCUCUCCUCCUCGACCGAGUCACCGCCGACAAGUACCGCGUGCAGGUGACCCUGCGGUGGGAUCUGUUGUCCUCGCGCCUCCAGGAUACCGUCCCGUUCGAGAUCGACCUGACGCUCCAGAUCCAGGGCCGGACGUACGUCCGGCCCCAGUCCAUGUUCAAGCAGUUCUUCAACUCCACGCGCAUCGUGCACUCCACCGUGCGCAUGUUCUCGCUCGUCGUCCGCCCGGUGUCGGCCAAACGCGCGGCGGAUCUGUGGCGGAUGAACACGCAGAACGACUACGUAAAGGGCGAGGAGCUGCUGACGACCUGGUCUCCGCGCAAAGUCUCCCUCGUGCGGGACUACGUCGCCGCCCGCAAACGACGCCGACGCGUUGCCGAACUCAACGCUGCCAAGGGCGCUCUCAGCGCCAACAGCCUCGUAGCCUCGCCGCCACGCAGCGGCCGGUCCACGCCCCUCCGCAACCAGGAGCGCGCGGAACGUCGCGCCCGCCUGAUCCAGAAGUACGUCGACCUGUGGACGAAGAAGACCGACCCCAUCGAGGCCAUCCUCGUACGAAGCAACACCGAGCCCCCAGCCGGCGGGGCGGCUUUCGCCUCCCGGGCGCGACAAUCCCCCUCCAGCGACGACGACGACGGCUCCGCCCCGGAUGAGGCCUCCCUCAAGCCGCGGUUCGUCGCCACCGUGCAGGCCCUGCCCAAGAACACCUCGUCGCUGAAGUCCGGCUACCUGUUGACCCCCGACGACACCAACAGCCACUGGGUCCGGCGCUUCGUGGAGCUCCGCCGGCCCUAUCUGCACAUCUACUCGGUCCCGGACGGCGACGAGAUCAACGCCAUCAACCUGCGCAUCUCGCGGGUCGACCACGCCCCUGAUUUCGCGCGGCUGCUUGACGGGCCCGCCGCGGGAUCCGACCGGGGGACGUCCCCGCGCGGUCGUCCGAAUGUGUUCGCGGUGUAUGGCGCCCAGAACACGUUCCUCUUUGCGGCCCGCACGGAGGCGCAGAAGGUCGAGUGGAUCUUGAAGAUCGACGAGAGCUACUUUAGCAGUAGCGGUGCGCGGGCCAUGACGAAUGGUCUUUCCUGAUGGACCGACUCCAUGGGGUCGUUCACCUGUUGAACAGGCUUAUUUUUAUACAUACCCCUCUCGAGUUUCGGCUGUGUCUGGUUGUUCUUGGUCUUCUUCUGUAUACGACGUUAGCCCCCAAGCAUGCAUGCCCUUACCUCCUCACCUACGCACCUCGAUUUUAUCUCUUUUUUGUUGUUCAUCAUCUGAUUUGCAGCCCUGGUGUUCCUUCGUUUUCGUCCGUCCUCCUCCCCCCCCAUCCGCUCUUGAUUGAUUUUGAGAUACCCCUGAAUAAAUUCGCCCUUCACGGUCUUGUGAUCUCUGUACAUACAUAUUUGAUUUGCAAUUAGAUGCCACCAAUC